GGCGCCGCCGCCGCUGCUGCUGCUGCCGGCGCGGGCGACGCCGAGCAGCUGCCGCGGUGCCGUCACUGCGGCAAGGCGGCGCCGGACGCGGCGUCCCUGCGGCGGCACGAGCGCUCGCACACGGUGGAGCGCCCGCACGUGUGCGGCGAGUGCGGCCGCGGCUUCCCGAGCCGGCGCAACCUGCGGCGCCACCAGAGCACGCACGCGGGCCAGCGCGCGUUCCCCUGCGCCGACUGCGGCCGCGUCUUCACGCAGCCCUCCAGCCUCAAGAUGCACUCGCGCACGCACGCCGCGGGAGGCAGCGCGGGCCGCUCGGGCAUCCACGAGUGCGCCGAGUGCGGCAAGCGCCUGUCGGACGCGCGCAGCCUCAAGCGGCACGCGCGCACCCACACGGGCGAGCGCCCGUACGUGUGCGCCGAGUGCGGCAGCGACUUCCCGCACGCGUCCAGCCUCAAGGCCCACGCGCGCACCCACACGGGCGAGCGCCCCCACUGCUGCCCGCUGUGCGGCAAGCGCUUCGCCCACCUGCACAGCCUCAAGUCGCACGCCCGCGCCCACCUCGGCGAGCGGCCGCACGCCUGCAAGAUCUGCCGCAAGGCCUUCCGCAACAAGUGGAACCUCAAGCGCCACCUGAGCACGCACUCGGGCGAGAAGCCGUACGCCUGCGCCGAGUGCGGCCGCGGCUUCCUGCAGUUCUCCAACCUGCGCACGCACGCGCGCGUCCACUCGGGCGAGCGGCCGCACGCCUGCGCCGAGUGCGGCAAGGGCUUCGCCCAGCUCUCGGGCCUCAAGAUCCACGCCAAGACGCACACGGGCGAGCGGCCGCACGCCUGCGCCGAGUGCGGCAAGGGCUUCCUGCACCGCUCCAGCCUCAAGGUGCACGAGCGCGUCCACUCGGGCGAGCGGCCGCACGCCUGCGCCGAGUGCGGCAAGGGCUUCUCGCAGCUGUCGAGCCUCAAGAUCCACGCCAAGACGCACACGGGCGAGCGGCCGCACGUGUGCGAGCAGUGCGGCCGCGGCUUCCCCAACGGACGCAACCUCAAGCGCCACCUGGCGACGCACACGGGCGAGAGGCCGCACGCCUGCCCCGAGUGCGGCAAGGGCUUCCUGCACCUCUCCAACCUCAAGAUCCACGGGCGCAUCCACACGGGCGAGCGGCCGCACGCCUGCGGCGAGUGCGGCCGCCGCUUCUCCAACCUGUCCGACAUGAAGAAGCACUACCGCACGCACACGGGCGAGAGGCCGCACGUCUGCGGCGAGUGCGGCCGCGGCUUCACCAGCGUGUGCAACCUGCGGCGCCACCACGUGCUGCACACGCGCGACCACCCGCACGAGUGCGCCGAGUGCGGCAAGCGCUUCUCCUUGCUCUCCACGCUCAGGAACCACCUGCGACGCCACCGCCAGAGGGGCCCGCCGGGGCCAGUCCGGCAGGGCCCGGGGCCGGGGCUGGGGGGGCUGCCGGCGGAGUGGCCGGCGGAGGGCCUGCCGGGGCCCGCGGGGUUGGAGGAGGAGGAGGAGGAGGUGGAGGAGGAGGAGGAGGGGGAGCCGCGCAGUGGAGACGGCCGGCCCUGAUUGAAGGCUGCCGGAGCGAGCGCCCGCAAGUGCUGCUUAACUCUUCUUAACUUUGGUUGAAACGUCAGUGUUCUAGUUUAGUUUUUGUUGUUGCUCACAGUACUUGACUAAGGGAUGGGCCGUGGUGGCUCAGAAGUUCCCCGGACACCGAACCGGCACCCCCAUCUGGGAACCCUGGGUUGGAAUUAUGGGAUUUGGCCGUCCAACCUGCGGAGAUUAGACUGGUGGGCUGUAAAGUGUAGCUAGCUGGUGGUCUCAGCCCGGUCACCAACGAGAUCUAUAGACUCGCACAGAGACUCGUAGACUCGCACAGAGAUCUGUAGACUCACAUCGAGAUCUAGCGACUCGUAUAGAGAUCUGUAGACUCGCAUAGAGACACGCAAACUCGCAUAGAGAUCUGUAGACUUGCAUAGAUGUCUAUAGACUCGCAGAGAUCCGUAGACUCACACAGAGACUCGUAGACUCGCACAGAGAUCUGUAGACUCACAUCGAGAUCUAGCGACUCGUAUAGAGAUCUGUAGACUCGCAUAGAGACACGCAAACUCGCAUAGAGAUCUGUAGACUUGCAUAGAUGUCUAUAGACUCGCAGAGAUCCGUAGACUCACACAGAGACUCGUAGACUCGCACAGAGAUCUGUAGACUCACAUCGAGAUCUAGCGACUCGUAUAGAGAUCUGUAGACUCGCAUAGAGACACGCAAACUCGCAUAGAGAUCUGUAGACUUGCAUAGAUGUCUAUAGACUCGCAGAGAUCCGUAGACUCACACAGAGACUCGUAGACUCGCACAGAGAUCUGUAGACUUGCAUUAAGAUCUAUAGACUUGCAUAGAGAUUUAUAGACAUAUAGAGACAUAUAGACUCAUAUAGAGAUGUAUAGACUCCCAUAGAGACCCGUAGACUCACGUAGACUGAGUUAUGAUGAACCCGGGUUCUCAAGUGUGGUCUCAUAAAAAACCCGUAAUCGUUUUUAUGUUUUAACUUUGGUUAAAUUCUGAACGAACUUUUCUCAUUUCUGGUCCCCAGCGCGCUCCGUUAGCGCGUAGGAACGAGCGGUAACAGGUGUGUGGAGGGCCCUCAGAAGGACUUCCAUGAUGCCUCCCUCUGCGGGCCAUUCCGACACUCCGCUCUGUGAGAGUUCCACAUUCGACUACGCACAACGGAUACGGUAGCACAACUUUUUGUACAUGUAUAUCAAAUUCGCAGUGUAUUCCGAGUCUCGCACAUUUCAAGAGAUUUUUUUUAGCCGGACGGGCGGCGGGUGUGGCAAUCCGUAUGCCCCUCCCUCCCUCGGGUGUUGUGUUCGCCACGGACGAUUCACCAGCUCGCUCAGCGUCUCUGUAGCGCCUUAGCAAGGGAGAGCUUCUUGAGUUUGUUAAUGGCGACGCCGCCGCAGCCUCGUGCAGCCUCGCGAUCUUUUUCGCAAUCGUGAGUGGCCGACCCACUGACGCUUCCCUGCCCCGAGAGGGGGGGGGGGGGGGGAGGGGGGCUCUCGUUUUAAAACGCCCUGGCAAACGGAGGGACGACGGAACGGGGCCAGGCCAAGUGACGAGAGGGAACGUUUCGUGUAAAUCGACCGACCGGUUGGGUUUUUUGUUUUUUGUUUGUACCUACCGUGGCCUUCACAAGAUCGUCGGCACGGAUCACGCACUUAAUGGAGGGAUACGCCACCCACACGCAGCGUUCACGGACAGAUGGACGAAUCGUAAUCGUGCGCUAUUUUCCCACCCAAGAAAUUAUCGGUGAGUCUGCAUACUUAGGAGUGUGCUGCUAUGUUUCGGAUGGGUUCGGUUAAUUUUAUUAACGAGGAGGUUUUGGCUUCCGUGUGGGAGGAAACGCUGAUGAGCAGGGGUUGUCUCCGCACGGCGUGUAAGAAGUUCAACGUCUGUAUGUUACGUACAAGCUAGGUAACCCGGAGAGCAACUCAACCCUGGGCAAGGCGGCUUAGCUCCCAGCAACUCGCAACCCCACCUCCUACAACACUUGGCAAGCCACGGUGGUCACCAACCCAAGCACUGACCAAGGUCACAAUCGCUCGUACGGUCACCUCUGGGGAGAGGAGGGGCCGAUCGUUCAGAGUGAUCUGGUCAGAGGCCUUGGGCCAAAUGUCAAAGUCUCCCUCCAUCUGCUCCCCUCCCCCAGACGAAAUGGCUGUAACAAAGCGACCACCCGCUCUGCUCUUCGGUCAGACAAAUGCGCGCACGUUGACUCCUCGAACGCUUUUGGAGAUGUUCAAGCUCCGACGACUCUAUUGCCACCCUUCAGCGGAUGCUUCAUCUGGCGUCGCAUGACCUCUGAACCCCCAGCAGGAAGACGAUUUCACACUUCCCCUCUCUCUCUCACGAGCCUCGCGAGGUCCGUCUCGGGGACGUGGCCAUCGGCAUUACUGACCGAUGUGCGCGGGAAGCUCAAUUCACUUGACACGCACACACGUACCCGUACACACACGUACCCGUACACACACGUACCCGUACACACACGUACCCGUACACACACGUACCCGCACACACACGUACCCAUACACACACCUAACCGCACACACACGUACCCGCACACACACGUACCCGCACACACACGUACCCGCACACACGCAUGCGUACCCGUGCGCGCGGCAGAAUGUGGGAUGACCUCUCCUGGGUCGGGUCGCCGUGUUGUGGGUACAGGGUCCCCUCCCCAGCUGUGGUAGCGGGCUGUGUGCACGCUCACGGGGGUCUAGGGGGCUGUGUGCACACUCACGUGGGUCUAGGGGGCUGUGUGCACGCUCACGGAGGUCUAGGGGGCUGUGUGCACACUCACGGGGUCUGUAGGGGGCUGUGUGCACGCUCAUGGGGGUCUAGGGGGCUGUGUGCACACUCACGUGGGUCUAGGGGGCUGUGUGCACACUCACGGAGGUCUAGGGGGCUGUGUGCACGCUAAUGGGGGUCUAGGGGGUUGUGUGCACACUCACGGGGUCUGUAGGGGGCUGUGUGCACACUCAUGGGGGUCUAGGGGGCUGUGUGCACACUCACGGAGGUCUAGGGGGCUGUGUGCACACUCACGGGGGUCUAGGGGGCUGUGUGCACACUCACGGAGGUCUAGGGGGCUGUGUGCACACUCACGGGGGUCUAGGGGGCUGUGUGCACACUCACGGAGGUCUAGGGGGCUGUGUGCACACUCACGGAGGUCUAGGGGGCUGUGUGCACACUCACGUGGGUCUAGGGGGCUGUGUGCACACUCACGUGGGUCUAGGGGGCUGUGUGCACACUCACGGAGGUCUAGGGGGCUGUGUGCACGCUAAUGGGGGUCUAGGGGGUUGUGUGCACACUCACGGGGUCUGUAGGGGGCUGUGUGCAUACUCAUGGGGGUCUCGGGGGCUGUGUGCACACUCACGUGGGUCUAGGGGGCUGUGUGCACACUCACGUGGGUCUAGGGGGCUGUGUGCACACUCACGUGGGUCUAGGGGGCUGUGUGCACACUCACGGAGGUCUAGGAGGCUGUGUGCACACUCACGGGGGUCUAGGGGGCUGUGUGCACACUCACGGAGGUCUAGGGGGCUGUGUGCACUCUCACGGAGGUCUAGGGGGCUGUGUGCACACUCACGUGGUUCUAGGGGGCUGUGUGCACACUCACGUGGGUCUAGGGGGCUGUGUGCACACUCACGGAGGUCUAGGGGGCUGUGUGCACGCUAAUGGGGGUCUAGGGGGUUGUGUGCACACUCACGGGGUCUGUAGGGGGCUGUGUGCACACUCAUGGGGGUCUCGGGGGCUGUGUGCACACUCACGUGGGUCUAGGGGGCUGUGUGCACACUCACGUGGGUCUCGGGGGCUGUGUGCACACUCACGUGGGUCUAGGGGGCUGUGUGCACACUCACGGAGGUCUAGGAGGCUGUGUGCACACUCACGGGGGUCUAGGGGGCUGUGUGCACACUCACGGAGGUCUAGGGGGCUGUGUGCACACUCACGGAGGUCUAGGGGGCUGUGUGCACACUCACGUGGGUCUAGGGGGCUGUGUGCACACUCACGUGGGUCUAGGGGGCUGUGUGCACACUCACGGAGGUCUAGGGGGCUGUGUGCACGCUAAUGGGGGUCUAGGGGGUUGUGUGCACACUCACGGGGUCUGUAGGGGGCUGUGUGCACACUCAUGGGGGUCUCGGGGGCUGUGUGCACACUCACGUGGGUCUAGGGGGCUGUGUGCACACUCACGUGGGUCUACGGGGCUGUGUGCACACUCACGGAGGUCUAGGAGGCUGUGUGCACACUCACGGGGGUCUAGGGGGCUGUGUGCACACUCACGUGGGUCUAGGGGGCUGUGUGCACACUGACGUGGGUCUAGGGGGCUGUGUGCACACUCACGUGGGUCUAGGGGGCUGUGUGCACACUCACGUGGGUCUAGGGGGCUGUGUGCACACUCACGUGG